AUGUCCAGUGAGCCUAGCACAGCCAUGGCCCCUGUGCCCUGGAUGCGGUCAGCAGACACACCCCUGGAUGGGCACUCCGUGCACUGGGGCCUCUCUCCAGCCAGGGGCAGGGUGAGUGCCCCUGUCCUCCAGACCCUCACGGGGAGAGAAACCUGCAAUGAGGCCAUUAAGUCCGAGGUGCCACGUGGGCCUCCAAGAGUGGCCGGGACUGCGGAAGAUUCGGAGUGCAGUGAGAGGGAGCAUGCCAAGGGGGACACCAGGUCUGAUCCCAACCUGAGUGCCCGGCUGCAUGUCCUGGUGGGCGGACGGGCCGGGAGGGCAGGGGCAGGAGCUGGGAGGGGAGACGCGUCAGGAACUCUCCACCGACGCUGUCCAGACGGGAAGCAGACCGCGUAG